GUUACAGUUGUUUGAAUGAUUCAAUGUUUUUUUAUCACCACGCCAAAGUAAUCUAAUCUCAAGUUGGUUUGGUAAAUUCAAGUAAAUUGAAUAAAUGUGUUGUCAUUUUUUAUUCGUAAAACUUUAACCUAAGAGACCUGGAUUUUGAUUUGAUUAGUCAUAAUUGAUUAUUACGGAAUAUAAUUUGGAAUUAUCAAUUUACUUGACUUCAUUUGUGUAUUUCUCAUCAAAUUUAACCUCAUCAUGACUGAGCCAGCAUUUAAGUCUGUUGGAAAUGAAAAGGACCAUGUCAAAAAGUUGAAGCGUGAAUUGGAGGGCUGGAGGGAAAUCAUUCUGCAGCUCCACUCCGUGCUGUUAUGGGAGAACCAGUGGUACCCAGGGCUGGUGGCGGGAGUCUCCACAGCUAUCUUCACAUUGCUAUGGCUGCUGGAGCCAUCUCUGCUGACGACAGUGAGUUUUAUCGGUCUUCUGGUUACACUGCUGGACUAUUUGGUGCCGACCGUGUGUGCCGGACUGUACCGGCCUGAAAACUGGACUGGGGCCAAGGAGAAGCAGUUCGAAGAGAUCUGCCGUACCCUGGCUCUGUGUUACUCUGCUGCCAGUCAUCAGCUGCAAGCCUUCAAAGAACUCAAAGUGACCAGCCCCAAACUGUAUUACUCUGUGACCAUCACGUCUCUGGCAGUACUGGCUUAUAUUGGCAACAAAGUGGACAAUUUAUUUCUCUCCUACAUUCUGGUGACAUUUUUGCUGUUGUUACCCGGGCUGAACCAUCACGGAAUCUUGCAUCAGUACUACCAACUGCUGCUACACAAUGUUGCCAAUGUGCUCAAGAGUUUGCACGGUGGCGGUGGCGGUGACAAAGUCAAGGUCAACUGAUGCAUAUUCUUCAGCAAGCAGCUACCUUUGGUUCUUUUAUUUGUAAUAUAAUUACUGGCUACGAUUUAAUUUUUAUAAUAAUGUACGGUAACGUUCUAUUUUCCGUAGAAUAUUUAGGCUAUCGUGCUUUAAUCUACAUGUACAUAUUUUAAUCAUCUGUCAAUGUCAAAAUACAUAUUUUUAAAGCGUUUCGAAGUACCAGUCCUGUGUUAUAGAUUAGUUUUGAAAACAUAUUAACUGGUAUUCAAUAGUAGUAAGAUAGUUUUUUAUUAACUGUCUUAUAGAUGAAUUUGUUUUGUUUACCUUAAUAUAACUGUUAUAAGUUUAAUCUUGAGUUAUUUUUGACGUCAAUUUGUUUUCAAACGUUUUGACAAACUGCUUUUUUCAAUCGUUUUUGAAGUCAGUUGUAAAUAAGUCGUAUAUAAAUUAAAGUAAUAACUUAUUGCAAUAUAAAGUAAAAUCAUAAUGAUAUAUUUUUGACGUGUAACAAUACAACUUGAACAAAUACUUCAAAACGUUAAUUUUAGUCAUUAAAAAUGAACUGUGAUCCAUUUUAUAGACUGAUAGCAACUUUCAAGUGUGAAUUUUUGUCGUCCUUUAUAACCUAAGCCAUCUUUAGUUUUACAUAAAUAUAAGCCAAAGUUUGCCUAACCAAGUUUGUUCUCUACUUUAGCUCUUCUCACUUACUCUGUUUAAAAUUUGGAUAACUAGCUUGUGAACUAGUAGAACCUAUAAUAGUGUGUUAACGACAAAUGUUUUUGUUUAGAUUAAAACUGUGUAAAUAUUAUUAUUGUCAAAAAUCCUGUA